AUGCAACGUGGGUCUGCUCUGGUGAUGGACGGUUUUCACAACCUACAGCCGGACGUCACUAACAAGACGGGACAACUCUAUAUAAUUCAUGGAGUAACAACGAACGGCGUCGACAUGCCCGCUGGCUCUUCGCUUAUUACGACGAAGAAGACGUAUGCGCUCUAUGAAAAGAUUUUCCGAAAGAUGAAGGAAGCACUCACGGCUCAGCGAAGGGAAGACCUUCGCAUUGUGCUCGACUUUGAAAGAGCAGCUAUAAGAGCAGCGGAGAACGUCUUUCGGAGGGCCUCUGUGGAAGGCUGUGCAUUCCGCCUAGCCCAGGAGGAAAGAAUUUCGGGUUGCGCCCGCACGUAA